UGCCAUGAAGAUAAACAGACGCACGCCAUGUAGACGGUUGACUCUAUCAACGUUACGAAUUACUUAGCUAAUAUAACGUUUAUUUAAAGGAAAAGUUGCCCUGUGUGCUCUAUUUUUAGUGUCUGUAAAAUUCAAAUGAUAUACGGCCUCACUUUGACAAAUACACGCUAUCAGGAUGGUGUCAUACAAGCGGCUAAACCCAGAAGACGUUCAGUUUUCCAGUGCAGUUUUGUCAGAAGAGCCCCGUCCUGUCCAUGAAGAAUUUCCAAUGCAGGAGCCAGAGGAAGCCUCCUUGCUUCCACAGAGGCCUUCAUGCUCUGUCACCACAGGCCUCCUGGUGAUUGGCGCCCUGCUGCUGCUCCUUUGUGGAGGCUGGCUAUUGGGCAUGUUGUGGCUGCACAGACCGUCCAACCUACAGCCACAUAGACCUCCGCCACCGGCCUCUGCACAAACACCAGACUCUCAAGUAAAAACAGGAGUAAAUGACACUGCAGCUGCAUUUCGCCGUGAGGCUUGCAGUUUAAUCCCUGAGGCGUGGAGAUUUGAUUGCUACCCUGAAAGAGGGGUUAUUGUGACCCGAGAGUUGUGUGAGGCAAGGAACUGUUGCUUUAUCCCUGCAUCCUCUCCCUCCUUCUCUGCCAUCCGCCCAUCAGGGAGAAAUGGUAUCCCUUGGUGUUUCUAUCCUCCGGAUUUCCCUUCCUACUUGCUUGUGUCAAUAAACGACACAACCCUAGGACAGAAAGGUACACUCGUAAGGGAGGUCAAAACAUACUACCAGGCAGACAUCCUCAAUCUAGAGGUGGAGAUACGUCAUGAGACAGACACACGGCUACGUGUCAGGAUUACAGACCCUUCUAAUUCACGGUUUGAGGUUCCAAUCUCUGUUCCCAAUCCCACCAAGAAGGCAGAAAGUCCAGAAUACAUCGUAGAGCUUUCAAAGCAGCCAUUUGGUGUCGUCGUUAAGAGGAGCUCUACAGGAGCAGUGCUUCUGAACACAACAGUGGCUCCUCUCUUCUAUGCGGAUCAGUUUCUCCAGUUCUCCACCUCCCUGCAGAGUCAGUUCAUUUAUGGCCUGGGCGAGCACCGCUCCACCUUUCUGCAUGAUGUCCACUGGAACACACUCACCAUGUGGGCCAGAGAUGUGCCUCCAAUGGAACAGACAAACCUAUAUGGAGCCCAUCCAUUUUACUUGGCAAUGGAGGACGGAGGGAAUGCACAUGGCUUCUUCCUGCUGAACAGCAAUGCAAUGGAUGUGGUCCUCCAGCCUGCCCCAGCCAUCACCUGGCGUACUAUUGGUGGAAUCCUUGACUUUUAUGUUUUCCUCGGUCCUGAUCCUGGUUCAGUGAUUGAACAAUACGUGGAAGUCAUUGGCUACCCAGCAAUGCCCAUCUACUGGGCUUUAGGCUACCAUCUCUGUCGCUGGGGUUACAACACUAGCAAUUCUACCUGGGAGGUUGUCAAGAGCAUGAGGAAUAAUGGGAUACCUCAGGACGUCCAGUGGAAUGAUAUUGACUACAUGGACCAAUUUAUGGACUUCACUUUUGACUCAACAAAGUUUGCCACACUGCCUGAUCUGGUGAAGGACCUGCACGCUCAUGACCAGCGCUACGUCAUGAUCCUGGAUCCAGGUAUCAGCAGCACACAGCCUGAGGGCUCAUACUGGCCGUACGAUGAAGGGAUGAGGAGAGGUGUUUUUAUCAAAGACGCUGAAGGAAAAACACUUAUAGGGAAGGUGUGGCCUGGUCUGACAGCAUAUCCUGAUUUCUCUGAUGAUGUGACACAUGAAUGGUGGCACGACAACCUUCAGAGGUUUCAUGAGAAGGUGCCAUUUGACGGAUUAUGGAUUGACAUGAACGAGCCAUCAAAUUUCCUGGAUGGGUCUACCAAUGGCUGUCCGUCAAACAGUCUUGAAAAUCCUCCUUACACACCUGGCAUACUAGGAGGUUUGCUAAGAGCCAAAACUCUGUGUGCCACUGCACAGCAAAAGCACUCCAUACACUAUAACAUGCACAGCCUCUAUGGACUUAUGGAAGCUAAGGCGUCUGCCAGCGCUCUGAAGAAGAUCACGGUGAAGAGACCUUUUGUAAUCUCACGCUCCACCUUCCCCAGUCAGGGGAUGUACUCUGGUCACUGGCUGGGAGACAACAGGAGCCAGUGGAAAGACCUGUACACUUCUAUAGCAGGUAUCUUGACCUUUAACCUUCUGGGCAUCCCGUUGGUGGGAGCAGAUAUCUGUGGCUUCAGUGAGGAGCCGCAGGAAGAACUCUGUGUCCGCUGGACGCAGCUGGGAGCUUUCUAUCCCUUCACACGCAACCACAACGCCAUCGACUUGAAGCCUCAAGACCCAACAGCUUUCAGCCCUCUGGCUCGUUCAGCCAUGAAGCAGGCUCUGCUGCUGCGUUAUUCCCUCUACCCUGUGCUCUACACUCUCUUCCAUCACGCACAUGUACACGGACACACUGUUGCACGGCCAAUUAUGUUUGAGUUCCCAAAAGAUGUAAGAACCUAUGGGAUUGACAAACAGUUCCUAUGGGGGAAGAGUUUAUUAGUGACACCAGUAUUGGAUCCUGGAGUCGAUUAUGUGGAUGGUUACUUCCCAGAGGGUCUGUGGUAUGACUACUACACGGGUGACUCUUUGCACAGUAAGGGUGAAGAACUUCGACUCCAUGCACCUCUAGAUAAGAUCAACUUGCAUUUGCGUGAGGGCUCUGUUAUACCAACACAGGCGCCUAACCUGACCUUGUGGGUAAGCAGCGGUCAGCCUCUCCAUCUGGUUUCAGCUCUCUCUGACGAUGGUUCAGCCAGUGGAGAUCUUUUCUGGGACGACGGAGAAAGCAUCGACACCUAUGAGAACAAGAAAUACUCCUACAUCGUCUUCAGUGUUGCUCAGAACGUGAUGACAUCACAUGUUCUUCAUAGCAACGUGGAAGCUACAUACAUUACUGUGGAGACCGUCUCCAUCUACGGUGUGAAGCAGACGCCUGACACAGUGCUGGUGAACUCCCAAGUUGCAACGUUCACAUACAGAGCCAACCAGGUGUUAACAGUUGUAGAUCUUGGUCUCAACCUCAGUCAGAACUUCACCAUCAGCUGGAUGUAAUGAAUCAAUUUUUUGUAAUUGUUGGUUUAACUUUCUCUUGGCUAUUUAAGUUCCAAACUGGCACACAGUGAAGUCUAUAAAUCUAAUGACUCAUGUUGCUUUUUAGUGUUUUGCCUUUGUGCUCCAGAACACUGGAGGUUAAAGGGAAAAAUAACUGAGGUUAAAGUGAACAGUGUGGGACUUGUAGACCUUUUUACCUCUUUAGGAAACUCUGCAUAAAAACACGUUGCUUCCAAAACUGUUCAAUCAACCCCUCAAAUUAGUCAGCACCUUAACCUCAUAGUCAUUAUUUCAGAUCUAAUGUGCAGGAGUACAGAGACACAACAAAGUGUCUGUUGAGAAACGAUUUACAGGUGAAAGUGUGGGUACACCGGAGAGAGUCAAGUUGGUGUUAAUCAUAUUUAUAGUGCGACAUUUAAGAAAUGGACAAAAGCAUUUCUGUAUACAUGAAGGCUUCUGAAACAAAGGUAUGCAAUCACUGACCUACAGUAGUCUGGACACUUAAUAUCUGUGUGGGUAAAUGUAUUGUUUGAUAAGUUAUUGCUGAACUGUCACCUAAUUUACACGUAAAGCUUCCUUGGUAAGGUAUUUUAGUUCAAUUUUAGGUUUUUAGUUCAGUUCACAGAUCAAAUCUUUAUUUUUUUGGGCAAAGUGAUUAUGUGCAAUAAGUGAAAGGAUGAUCAAUCUUCCUUAAAAUAUGACAAGUCUUGAAUAUAUGUUCAUGAUGUAAAAUAUUGUAUGUGCUUGAAUGGUGUUUACAGCCUAUUUCUGCACUAAUUGGUACUGCUGUAUUGUAAAGGUGGAUGCAGGUGCCUUAUGAUUCUGUUUUGUGUGUUUUUGAGCAUCUCUGGGUUCCAGAUGAUCCUUUUGUUCAGCCUGUUUUUAACGCUAAUGAUCAUAGGACUGCUGUGCAUGAGGAUUACUUUAACUGCUACUUUAACUACAGUAUACUAGACCAGCCAUAAGUGUUCUGCAGUCAUUAUACCAUGAAUUUCCUUAGCACUGGUUUUCCAACCUCUGAUGGCAGAAUAUAACUAACACCUAAGACUGGAUUCAUUUCAUAAGCUGAUCGAGUGAAUUUUUCUAAACAGCAAAGAUCAUUCUGGUUAAAUUUGACCUUGAUGCUGUGAAAAUCUGAUUUGAAUGUGUAGUCUUUCUCACACAACAGCUGUGAAAAGCGUCUCUGCAUCUUUAGAAUACCAGAUUAAAUUGUUCUAGAAAUGCAGUCAAUGCAUGUGUGCUAUAAAGCAAACUACGCAAAAUCCGUUUUUAAGCAUGUAAAGACAAAUAUACAGAGUAUAUUUUACCAUCAUUUAUGUUUAGCUAACUCAAGUUAUGACCACAAAAUUGUCUGUAUUUUAUGAUAAAUUCUUGUGUUUUAAUUUUUGUGUUUAGUUGCUCAAAUUUUAUUAUAUGAACAAUAUGAAAACUACUGCCAUUUUAUUUUAUAAUAUGUCUUGAGGCCUCAAAAGUUAAAGAAAAAGGAAAUUAGGUGAUUCCCACACUCUUGUCUUGACCCCAAUGUACUGUCACCUUAAACAUUUUUUUUUCCAUUUAUCUUUUCAUUAAUAAAGAAAAAUUUUGA